AUGGCAACUGGGCCUAAUCUGGAAUGCCGGAUGUAUGAGGCCAAAUAUCCUGAGGUGGACAUGGCCGUGAUGAUACAGGUGAAGAGCAUGGCGGACAGUGGUGCGUACGUUUCACUCUUGGAGUACAAUAACAUCGAGGGUAUGAUCCUAUUCUCGGAGCUGUCCCGCCGUCGAAUUCGUAGCAUCAGCAGUCUCAUCAAGGUGGGUCGGAUCGAGCCAGUCAUGGUCCUUCGUGUUGACAAGGAAAAGGGCUACAUUGAUUUAAGUAAGAGGAGGGUUUCUGAGGAGGAUAUUCAGGCUUGCGAGGAGAGAUACAACAAAAGUAAACUUGUGCAUUCCAUUAUGCGUCAUGUUGCUGAGACCAUGAAUAUUGAUUUGGAGGAUCUCUAUGUCCAUGUCGGCUGGCCAUUAUACAGGAAAUACGGCCAUGCAUUUGAGGCAUUCAAAUUAAUUGUCAAUGAUCCUGAUUCGGUGCUCGAUUGCCUUACCCGCGAAAUCAAAGAAGUUGGCCCUGAUGGCCAGGAGAUGACUAAGAUGGUGCCUGCCAUAUCUGAGGAAGUUAAAGACGCUUUAGUUAAAAAUAUCAGGAGAAGAAUGACCCCACAACCGUUGAAGAUUCGUGCAGAUAUUGAAAUGAAGUGUUUCCAAUUUGAUGGUGUUCUGCACAUCAAGGAAGCAAUGCGUAAAGCCGAAGCUGCGGGUAACAAGGAUUGCCCAGUUAAAAUUAAACUUGUUGCCCCUCCAGCAUAUGUCCUCAACACCCAGACUCUCGACAAGGAGCAAGGUAUUGCUAUUCUUAACAAGGCUAUUGAAGCUUGCAUGGAAGAAAUUGAACGUCACAAGGGAAAACUUACUGUUAAAGAGGCACCAAGAGCUGUGAGUGAACGGGAGGACAAACUACUUGCUGAGCAGAUGCUUAAGCUGGGUCGUGAAAAUGAGGAGGUUAGUGCAGACGAAGACAGCGAAGAGGAGGAAGAUACAGGUAUUAGGAGGGUGUAUGAAACCUGUACGGAAGUUAGUUUACAUAUUUGCAUUGCUCAUUUACUAUUGCCUUUGAGCUUUAUUCGAAUUUUGGACUUAGCGUUUAACAUUUUCAAUGGUACAUUUGUGUUAUAUGCCCCUCUCCUUCGAGGUUCUAGCUGCUGCUCCUUUACCUGA